AUGCUGCGGUACCUGCUGAAGACGCUGCUGCAGAUGAACCUGUUCGCGGACUCGCUGGCGGCCGAGAUGUCCAACUCCUCCGAGCUGCUGCUCGGCCUCAACGGCAGCAUCACCGCGCUCGACCUCCGCAACCUCACCGCCGGCAACGGGUCCCACCCACAGCUGGAGGACUCGGCACCCCGCAUCGUGGAGCACCCCUCGGACCUGCUGGUGUCCAAGGGUGAGCCGGCCACGCUGAGCUGCAAGGUGGAGGGACGCCCCCCGCCCGCCGUCGAGUGGUACAAGGACGGUGAGCGGGUGGAGACGGACCGUGAAGACCCCCGCUCCCACCGCACGCUGCUGCCCGGCGGCUCCCUCUUCUUCCUCCGCAUCAUCCAUGGCCGCCGCGGCAAACCUGACGAGGGCGUCUACGUCUGUGUGGCCAGGAACUACCUGGGUGAAGCCACCAGCAGGAACGCCUCGCUGGAGGUGGCUGUGCUGCGGGAUGAUUUCCGGCAGCCCCCCGGGGAUGUGGUGGUGGCGGUGGGUGAGCCGGCCGUCCUUGAGUGCGUUCCACCCCGUGGCCACCCUGAGCCCACUGUCUCAUGGAAGAAGAACGGUGCCCAGCUCAAUGACAAGGACGAGCGCAUCACGAUCCGUGGUGGGAAGCUGAUGAUGGCCACCACACGCAAGAGCGAUGCUGGCAUCUACGUCUGCGUGGCCACCAACAUGGUGGGGGAGCGGGACAGCGAGCCGGCUGAGCUGGUGGUCUUUGAACGCCCCGCGUUCAGCAAGCGGCCACUAAACCAAGCGGUCCUGGUGGACGAGACGGCCGAGUUCCCCUGUGAGGCGCUGGGGGACCCCCGGCCCACAGCCCGCUGGCGCAAGGAGGACAGUGAGCUGCCACCGGGAAGGUGGGAGCUGCUGGCUGACAACACCCUGAGGAUCAGCCGGGUGCGUGUGGAAGAUGAGGGCACCUACACCUGUGUGGCUGAGAACAGCGUGGGCAAGUCGGAGGCCUCAGGCACCCUCAUCGUGCGCGUGCCCCCCCAGCUUGUCACCUGGCCCCAUGACCAGAGCGUCCCCCCUGGCCACAGCGUGACCUUCCAGUGUGAGACCACGGGCAAUCCACCACCGGCCGUGUUUUGGCAGAAGGAAGGCAGCCAGACGCUGCUGUUCCCGGGCCAGCCCCCCCAGACGGCCAGCCGCUUCUCGGUAGCCCCCGGUGGCGCCAUGACCAUCGCCGCCGUCCAGCCAACCGACGCAGGCUAUUACCUGUGCCAGGCCAUCAGUGUGGCCGGCAGCGUCCUGGCCAAGGCACUGCUGGAGGUGGAGGCGGCGCCCACCGAGCGUGGGCCACCUGUCAUCCACUGGGGCCCUGCCAACCACACGGUGCUGCCGGUGGGGGCCACGGUGUGGCUGCCCUGCCGGGUGGCCGGUGACCCCCAGCCCCACGUGGGGUGGCUGAAGGACGGCUGGGCCAUGCCGGGCCCCGAGACCCGCGCCAGCCUGCUGGAGAACGGCACCCUGCAGAUCAGCAGCCUGCGGGUGACAGACUCGGGGCAGUACGAGUGUGUGGCCACCAGCUCAAUGGGUGAGACGCGCUGGAGUGGGACCCUGCAGGUGCAAGGUGAUGGAUCUGGACUUUCCCCACCACCCCCGGAGCCUGCCAUCAUCCCUCGGCCACCCUCCACCCCCCUGGUCACCAACGUCACCAAAAGCAGUGUCACCCUGAGCUGGAAAGGGAACGAGCAAAGUGGCGGCACUACUGUCACCUACGUUGUGGAAGCUUUCAGCGAGGCAGCAGGUGGCCCGUGGCAGACAGUGGCAGCCAACGUGGAGGGCGAGACACACACGGUGAGCGGCCUCGUCCCUGACACUGUCUACCUCUUCCUGGUGCGGGCAGUCAGCGCCCAUGGGCUCAGCGACCCCAGCGGAGUCUCGGAGCCCAUCCGCACCCAAGGUGAGACCCAGAAGAGCCCCACGCAGCCAGGCCUGAACCCUCAGCAGGUGCCAACGGAGCUGGCGCAAGUGGCCGUGCACCUGCAGGAGCCAGUGGUGCUGCCGCCAGGUGCCGUCCGCCUCUCCUGGACCGUGGAGCCCCCGUCGCCCUUUGUGCAGGGCUACCAGGUGCUGUACCGGCGGCGUGGUGGGCGCUGGGAGGCACGGGACGUGCGGGCACCGGGCGAGCGGGGUGCCCUGCUCACUGGGCUGCGCCGCGGCCAGGACUACGAGGUGAAGGUGCGGCCCUACUUCCACCAUCUCCAUGGUCCCGACAGUGCUGUGCGUGCCCUGCGCACCCCCGAGGCGGCCCCCAGUGCCCCACCACGGGCCGUCAGUGUGGUGGGGAACGGCACCAGCGUCCGCAUCUCGUGGCAGCCGCCACCGCUGGCUGAGCAGAAUGGUGUCAUUCGUGAUUACCGGAUCUGGUGCCUGGGCAACGAGAGCCGAUUCCACAUCAACCAGAGCGUGGAGGGGACGGUGCUGGCGACGGUGCUGCAGGGGCUAGUGCCUGGUGUCCCCUAUCGCGCUGAGGUGGCAGCGGCCACCGGGGCGGGUGUGGGUGCUCGCAGUGCACCUGUCCCCAUCCGUAUUGCACCUCCUGUGGAGCAGGAAGCGGGGCCAGUAGGCCGGGGCGGUGUGGCUGAGCACUUGGCGGAGAUGGCGAGGCGGCCGGCCUUCAUCGCUGGCAUUGGCGGUGCCUGCUGGCUCGUCCUCGCUGGCUUUGGUGCCUGGCUCUACGGCCGCCGCCGGAGGAGGAAGGAACUGAGCCACUUCACAGCCUCCUUUGCCUACACGCCCACGGGUGCACCCACGGGUGCUGCAGGGACCUGCCGCGGCCCCACUGCACCCUCGGCCCAGCCUCCAUCUCUCUCUGCGCUCGCCUUUCUGCACACCCCGGCUCCGGCGCGUGGCAGCCCCAGGGCUGCUGUUGGCGGUCACCCGUGGCUGGUGGACACGUGGUGUGGCGGUGGCACCAGCAGCCUGGACACCGCUGAGAGAUACUACAACGAGGCCGGCAUCUCCCGCUACAUCGCCCAGACGGAGCCAUUCGGGGCAGGGGCUGCCGAGGGACCCAUCUACAGCAGCAUCGAGGCGGGCGGCGAGGAGCUGCGCACCUUCCACCGCCCCUGCUCGCAGCAUGGCCUCGAGCCGCCGGCCACCCUGUACGCCCACCUGGCCCCCGGCCGCCCCGAGCACGGGAAAAACCUGGGGAAAGCGGUGCAAACGCCCAUGCUGAGCUGGACAGAGCUGCUGCCCCCACCACCCUCGGCCAGCGAGCUCAGCCAAUACGCUGAGGAGGAGGAGGUGAAGGAGGAGGAAGAGGAGGAGGAGGAGGUGGAGGAAGGAGAAGAGGAGGGCAGCUUGGGGCUGGAGGACCGGUGUCCCCUCAGGGAGGACGUCCUUCAGCCCGCCGCCUCCUCACCCGCCACCCCUGCCGGCUGCUGGUCCCCUGCCGUGCUGGCACCCACACCCCGCGAGGACAUCUACAGCCCCCACCGCUUCGACAGCCCCCGCCUGCCCCGGAGGCCCCCCCGUGGCACAGGACCGCCACCAAGCCCCCCACUGAGCCCCCGCAGCCCAGACACAAGCGAGGGCCGCGUGCCCCGAGCCCACCGCCCCCAUGGCACAGGGAAAACCCGCUCAGAGACCCUGAAAAGUCGCCCGAAGCCCAAAGGAAGCCGCUACCGCCGGGAGCAGCAUCUGGGAGACCUGCCGCCGCCCCCACUGCCACCCCCAGGUGAGACGCCCAGCCCCUUGCCCAGCCAGGAGCCGAGCGGUGCCGAGCGCAAGGCUGCCCAUCGCCCACCCCGCCAGGGUGACAUCGUCCCCUACAGCAAGCCCUCCUUCCUGGCCCGCAGCUGCUCCACCACUGGCAGUGCCUCGUCCCGUGGCUCCACCAGCUCCCGUGGCCACGGCUCGGGGCGCAGCCGCCACCCGGACCCGCUGUCACCCUGCCCGCCACAUGAGGAGCGAUGA